CAUGUUGAAGGGACCCCGAUUAGGGAUCAUGUUCUAAAGAUGAUAGCUCUUCUUAAUGAACUAGAGAUCCUUGGAGCUGAAAUUGAUGGGGAAACCCAGAUCGAUUUCGUUCUUAACUCACUGCAGUCUGAGAGUUUUAAGCAGUUUUGCCUGACUUAUUCUAUGAACAAAAUGCAUUUAUCUUUGGCGGAACUUCUUAAGGAACUCCAAGCAGCUGAGGGUCUUUUGGUUGGGAAGAAACCACCAUCAGUGCUAGUGGCAGAGAAGGCUUCUACUUUUAAGCCGAAAGGGAAGAAGAAGCAGAAUAAGUCUCAGAAAAAGGUUGUGGAGGCAGUUCAUGCGCCUCAAGGUGGAGUGAAAAAGCCUACGGGCAAGUGUUUUCACUGUAAGCAGAAAGGACACUGGAAGAAGGAAUGUCCGAUUUUUCUCAAUAAAGUGAACAAACAAGGGGUUCCAGGAAACCAGAAGACUUAGUGAUGGGGAGAUUUAUCCACAUAUGGGAAAUGCUACGAGAGUGGCAGCAGUUGCAGUAGGAAAUGUUUUUUUUAAUUUUAAUAGUAAUAGGAGUUUAAUUUUGAGAGAUUGUCUUUAUGUUCCUACUGUUAGAAGAAACUUGGUUUCAAUUUCUAAGUUAAUAAA